AUGGCCAAGAAAGCAGCAUCGAAGUCUCAGGCAGAUGAGAUUUAUUCCUGGGCUUGGUUUGGCAUUGCCGCAUAUGCGAUUGGAACAAUCAUCUUCACAGCUUAUGACAUUCGAUUGGCAGCUAUCAAAGAGUACGGACCUGUGAUACAUGAGUUCGAUCCUUACUUUAACUUUCGGGCAACGGAAUAUCUAUUUGACCAUGGUGCCAAGAAAUUCUUCCAAUGGUUCGACACGAUGGUAUGGUAUCCCCUAGGAAGACCUGUAGGAACUACAAUAUUUCCUGGUAUGCAAUUUACAGCCGUGUACAUCAAGAGAUAUCUGUUGCAGUCUUGGUCUUUGAACGACAUUUGUUGUUACAUGCCAGCCUGGUUUGGUGCUAUCGCGAGCGUGUUUACAGGAAUGUUAGCCUAUGAGUGUGCCCUCCCUGAAAAUUCAUCUUCAAAUAUCCUUCAAUGGUUGAUUGAUCUCGUCAAAGGAAAACGCACGGAACUAAAAGGAGUGAAACGACCAAUGGCAUUGGGAUACAUGUCGCCGGCAGUCGAGUGUGGUGUUUUUGCCUUGGGCAUGAUGGCCAUUGUACCAGCUCAUUUGAUGAGAAGUGUUGGUGGAGGAUACGAUAACGAGUCCAUCGCUGUUUCUGCCAUGGUGAUCACAUUUUACUGCUGGGUUCGUAGUCUCCGAAAUGAGCAGUCGGCGUGGUGGGGUGCCCUGUCAGCUUUGGCCUAUUUUUACAUGGUUGCAGCUUGGGGUGGUUAUAUCUUUGUUGUGAAUAUGGUGGGGGUGCACGCAGCCGGCUUGGUCGCUGCAGGACGAUUCUCCAAUAAAGUCUACACCAGCUACUCUCUUUUCUAUUUCAUCGGUACAGCAUUGGCAAUUCAGGUUCCUGUUGUCGGCUGGGCUCCUUUGAAGUCGCUUGAGCAGCUUGGUCCAUGUGCUGUAUUCCUAGCUUAUCAGCUGCUGAAAGUCUGCGAUGUUAUCAAAGGCAAGAAGAAAAUGUCGAGAACAGGACUACUAUUACUGAGAAUUCAGGUUUUUGCCGCUGCUGCAGCUCUGGGAGCUGUCUUGAUCAUGGCAUUGGCACCAAAGGGUUACUUUGGACCUUUGUCGUCUCGUGUCAGAGGUCUAUUUGUGAAGCAUACAAAGACAGGAAACCCACUGGUCGACUCUGUUGCAGAGCAUCAACCUGCAAGUUCUCGCGCAUAUUUCCAAUAUUUGCACCAUGUGUGUAGUCUUGCCCCAAUUGGGUUCAUGAUGGUAUUCGCUAACUUGAGCGACGCAUCUAGUUUUUUGCUCGUCUGGGGGGCUGCAGCUUAUUUCUUUUCUCACAAGAUGGUCCGUUUGAUUCUGCUGACAGCUCCGAUUGCUAGCGUUCUGGGAGGUAUUGCUGCUGGAAGAGUGUUCGCAUGGUGCAUCAGGCAGUUCUGGGAUACGCAAGAAAAGAAGCCAUCAACUGCCGAUAGCAACAAAACAAACGAUGGCAACAUUGGCUCGAAGCGUGGAAAGAACAAGAAGGGCAAGAAGACUACGAGCACUAACGCUUCGUCGGAUGACUUUUCUUCCCUUAAGGCCUCGUGGGACAGUGCUGUCAAUAGCAGUGAAGGUGUCAUUGUGAAGAGAUCGUUGGCUGCAAUGAUCGUUUUGAUGGGUUAUAUCCUUGCAAUUAACUUUGCUUCGUACUGCUGGAAGCUCUCAGGCGAUCUGUCGAAUCCAACAAUUAUUGUUAAGGCAAGGUUGCGUGAUGGGCGAAUUAUCAAGGUAGAUGACUAUCGUGAUGCAUAUACGUGGCUAAAGGAUAACACUCCUGAAGAUUCUCGAAUCAUGGCAUGGUGGGAUUACGGAUACCAAAUCACUGCUAUUGCAAACCGAACUACUCUUGCUGACGGAAACACAUGGAACCACGAGCACAUUGCGCUCUUGGGCAAAGCGUUGACUACCUCCGAAGAAGAAGGUUACGAAAUUGCUCGUCACAUGGCCGACUACGUUCUAGUUUGGGGUGGUGGCGGUGGUGACGACUUGGCAAAGAGUCCUCAUCUUGCUCGUAUCGCCAACUCUGUAUACCGUAAUCACUGCCCUGCUGGUGAUCCAACAUGCCGAGCUUUUGGAUUUGUGGAUCGAGAAGGGUCACCAUCACCAAUGAUGGAAAGAUCGUUGUUGUACCGUCUUCACGGAAACAAGGUGAAGCCCGAUGUCGAGGCCGAUCCCAAGAAGUGGGUGGAGGUCUACAGAUCGAAGUACGGGCGUGUCCGUAUUUACAAGAUCUUGGGUGUAUCUCAGGAGUCUAAGGAAUGGGUUGCAAGCAACCGAAAAUGUGAUACUGAAGGAAGUUGGUUCUGUCCAGGAACCUAUCCUCCUGGAUUGCAACACGUUUUAUCUGGAAAGAAGGACUUUGCCCAACUUGAAGAUUUCAACCGUGGUGACGCAGAUGAAGAAUACCAAAAGCAGUACUUUGAAGCUCUCAACGAUCCGGCUAAGGCUGCUCGAGAUGCUCGUAUGCGGGAACGUCAGGAGAUUACAGAUAAGAAAAAGUCGGGGGGAGGUAAGGGAGCAAAGGAAAGAGCAGACGAAUUGUACAAUAAAUGGCAAGACACCGAGGACACGACAUUGAUGUGGAAUCUUAUUGCUUCAAACAAAGUAAACGAGCUUGAGCAAUGGUUGAAGGAAGAACCUGCUAUUGCGUUCAUGAGAAGCAAGGACGGAAGAGGUCCGAUGUGGUGGGCAUUUGAACAAAGAAAUGAACCAAUAACCAAGUUGUUGAUGAAGGCUGGAGUUCCCCAUACGGAUCGCGACUCUAAGGGAUUGACACCAGCUGAUCUCCUCGAAGGAAAACAGAAUAAGUAA